AUGCUUCGGAACCCGUUAGCCAACACCCUCAGGGCGUCGCCCUCGAGGCGGAUAAUACAAAAUGGCACCGCUACCGGCCUUGAGUCGUGGAUGCAGCACAGGACGUUGACGACGACGACCCCUCUAGCGAGCAAGGUCAUCUUUGACAAGACGUCGAAUCCCGAGCUCGACGCCGUCUUCACCGAGAUGCUCCACAAGAUCAUCCUCCCCGCGCGACUCCCCAAGAAGAAGCGCAAGAUCGUGUCCAACGCCAAGUUCAACCAGAUGCUCCGGGUCGACCCCAUCGUCGUCGAGGCCGUGCGCCUCAUGGCCACCCGAGACGACUGGAACAACCUGCCGCGCAUGCUCGCCGGCUACCGCAACGCCGAGCGCCGCAUCCUCGCCAAGGACGUGUCCGACAUCGUCAAGAACGCCGGCCGGUCGGGCAACAUCUACGCCAUCAUCGACGCGCUGCGGAAUGUCAAGGAGUCGGGCCUGCGCAUCCGGACCCUCGCCUUCGCCGACGAAGUCCUGUACUGGGUGCAGAUGCGCGCCGUCGAGAGCGGUUUCGCCGAGGACCCGACGGCCAAGACCAAGACGUGGGCCGUCAUGCUCCGCGAGCUCAUGGAGGACCCCGACCACAGCAAGCACCCCACGGGCGAGGACGCGGACGGCAAGGUGGCCGAGCUCGCCGAGACCCUCAGCUACGUCUGGCCCGCCGGCAAGGCGAUUCAGGAUAUCCACCAGUCGAACCUCGCUCCCGACGCCAAGGUCGCGGAGCGCGUGAGGUUCCAGGCGGAGGACGACGCGUACCUCACGCUCAGCACGACGAACCGCAUCUCGGUCUCUAGCUUCAUCCUCCACGGCAUCGAGCUGGCCAAGCAGGUCGUCGCGCCCGAGCUCGCCGCUAAGCUGGAGCCCAUCGCGCAAGUCCUCAAGAGCGGUCUCGAGGCCGACAAGGCGGCCAACGUCAAGGCGGAUCGGGGCUGGGCGGUGUACGACAAGCUGAUUGCGAAAAAGGCCUAA